GCUUUUCCACAUUCAAUUCAAACGACCAAGUAAAAAUAUUGAAAAACCACAGAGCUGAAAGAGAGAGAGAGAGAGAGUUAAAACAAAAUUAUUUUCCACCAGUUGAAUUCAUCGUCUCUCCACUUUCACUCUUCGUUCUCCGAACUUCUCAGGUAGAAAAAAUGGCAGGAAAAGGUGGAAAGGGGCUUUUGGCCGGAAAGACCACAGCGGCGGCUGUGGCUGCCAAGGAGAAGGACAAGAAACGGCCUGUUUCCCGCUCAUCCCGAGCCGGUCUCCAGUUCCCAGUGGGUCGGAUCCACCGCCAGCUGAAAUCAAGGACGGCUGCUCACGGGAGAGUUGGAGCCACUGCUGCUGUUUACUCAGCUGCAAUUCUUGAAUAUCUGACAGCAGAAGUGCUUGAGCUGGCUGGAAAUGCAAGCAAAGAUUUGAAAGUGAAGAGAAUCACACCGCGGCAUCUGCAGCUGGCUAUUAGAGGGGAUGAAGAACUUGACACGCUCAUUAAAGGAACCAUUGCCGGAGGCGGUGUCAUCCCUCACAUUCACAAAUCCCUCAUUAACAAAACCACCAAAGAGUGAUUUCCAUAUAUGUCUAAUCUCAAAUGCCUACUACUGUUAACUGUUAACUGGUUCAUGUGUUUAUUUUAUGACUUUGGACAUGAGGUUUUUUCAGACUUUUGUUUGGUUUUCAUGUAAUGUUUGUGUUGAGCAUCCAUGUUAGUAUAUAGUGGUUGCUUCUUAAGAUAGUGAAUUAAGUAACUAUUGUCUUUGUUUAGGAAUGGAUAUAAAUUAGUUUCAUCUUUGUCUUUUUCA